GUAGAUGAAAUUACUUAAAUAAAAUGGCAGAUGAUAAUGUUCUUUUUGUUCGAGAAAAUGGAAAUGUUACAAAUGUGGAUAAUGAAGAUGUUUGGGAUGAUAGUGCGUUAAUAAAAGCUUACGAUAAAGCAGUGAAUUUAGCAAAAGAGGAAGUUGUUAAACGGAUAGGGAUGGAAGUUCAAAAUUCGCAAAAUUUUAAACAACCUCGACAUAUCAACAAACCAUACAAGAAAUGGAUUGUUGGAGCACCUUGUCGUGCAAUAUACUCAGAAGAUGGAGAAAUUUAUGAAGCUAUAAUAUCAAAAAUUUAUGAAGAUAGUGAAACUUGUAUCGUGAAAUUUGUAGGAUAUGGUAAUACACAAAAGGUGGAGUUAAGUUCUCUUUUAGAAUCAGAAGGUUUACAAAAUCAAAUAGCUCAACGAAAGGAUGCUCUGGCAGAGAAGCUCAAUGAAGAAAAUGUGACCGACGAAACGAAGUUUUCUGUAAAUGCCAACUCAAAAAAGUACAAUGGAGAGAAAAUGGAUUGUGAAUCUGAAGAAACAAAAACAUACAAGCAUUAUUUUAUGCCUGGACCAUCUUUCAAUGCAGCGGCAGAUAUAAUGCCGCCUGCGCCUCCUUUACCGCCACAAUUAAUGGCUAAGUUGCCAGACAAUGAUGCAGACGCACUUUCGAGUAUGUUAAUGUCAUGGUACAUCAGUGGUUUCCAUACGGGUUACUAUCACGGCUUAAAACAAGCCAGCAAUAAUCAAGAGAAAAGAAAGAAUUGCUGAUUCAUGUAUAAAUCUCAUUCACAA